AACAAAUGCGACGGUCGUUCGCGCCGUCUGCAUUCAAGUCGCCUUUGGUCAAGCGCGUCUGCCUCGAUGGCGGCGAGAGUGGAACGCAAGUCGCAGUCGCAUCGCCCGUCGCGCAACCCACACACGACACACACGAGCCAGAGCGCAAGCAGCAAGAGGAAGGAAGCGAUUUUCCCGCGCUUUUGGCCUCGCCCACCCCAGCGCCCCCAGCCGUGCAGCAGCCUGUCGCCGUCGGCGGCGAGCGCCACGUACCCACUCCAUCGGUGCCAAAGUUCAAGUCUCCAGUGGCCGUCGGCCGCCCUGUGGUGCCUGGCGUGGCCGGCAGCUCGAGCAGUGCCGCCCAACAGCAACCUGCCGCGACGACCGCUUCUUUGACGGCCACAGGCCUCGCGACAGCAGGCGAGGCCGAGCCACCUACACGGUACUUUAGCGCAAUGUGGUGCAAGCUGUCCAACAAGAAGCACAAAAGCUGGGAGAGCGACGCUGUGCUGAUUGUCAAGGGCCGGAAGGUGACGCUCAAGGACAGCGAAGGCAAGGACAUUGGACAAUCGAGCAGCUAUGGCCCCAAGGAACUCGCCAGCCUCAAAAGCGGCGAAACAUUGGUGGUCGGCUCUCGAGAGGUUGAAAUCAACCAACCGAUUGCGCCCGAAGAUUUCAUGUCGGGACGGUGUUUCACUGCUGUCGGCAUUGGCGCUGCCACCACCAAGCACGUGCCCGGGUCAAAAACCGCGGCAACUAGUAUGACAAGCACGGGGCUGGCUUUGGCGGCCAACAUGGCCGCGCCUCGCGUGUCUACCAGCUUCCGAAAGGUCGUGACCAGCGCGACCGUCUUGCCGAACGGUCCUGCGCCACCGCCCCCAGCCAGGCAUGACCCCACUGCUGAAAACGCGCUGGUCAUGCAGCGGCCAUCGCGAGAGCAUUACAAGCUCCACGGCAAAGGAGUGCCGCAUGUUGUCGAUGUGGUGGUCGACCCAUUCCUGAGCGUGCAGCUCCGGCCGCACCAGCGCGACGGCGUCCGGUUUCUCUACGAGUGCGUGACUGGCAUGCGCACCGAUGCCGGCUUUGGCGCCAUUCUCGCAGACGAAAUGGGUCUGGGCAAGACCCUGCAAUGCGUGACGCUUCUGUGGACGCUGCUCAAGCAAGGCCCGUACAUGGGCACCGCGCUCGUCAAGCGAGCCUUGGUGGUGUGCCCGAGCUCGCUGGUGAAAAACUGGCAGCGGGAAUUCAAAAAGUGGCUGGGCGACCAUCGGCUCCAGACCUUUGCCGUCUCGGCCGAAAACCGACCCGAUGCCUUCCUGCUCCAGACGGUCAUUCCUGUCAUGAUUGUGAGCUACGAGAUGCUGCGCCAAGAGAUUGAUGUCAUUUCAAAGGUUCCCUUUGACAUUGUCUUUUGCGACGAAGGGCAUCGGCUGAAAAACGAGUCGGCCAAAAUCUCGCAGGCGCUCAUGUCGCUCAGCACGCGCCGCCGCAUCAUCCUGACUGGUACGCCCAUCCAGAACGACCUGCAGGAGUUUUUCAGUCUGCUCGAGUUUUGCAACCCUGGCAUUGUCGGCACCGCGACCACGUUCAAGCGCAUCUACGAAAACCCGAUUGUUGCGUCUCGACAGCCCGAGGCGACGCAAGAUGAAAAGCUGCUUGGCCAGCAGCGUGCGAGCCAACUGCAACAGCUCACCUCCUUGUUCUGUCUGCGGCGAACGUCGGAUGUCAACCGUCAGUACCUGCCUCCGAAAAUCGAGUACGUCGUCUUUUGCGAACCAUCCCCAUUGCAACUGGCCAUCUACCGCAAAGUAUUGCAAUCUGCUCCACUGCGAUCCUGCUUUGACUCGAGCAGUCGUGCUUCCCAGCACCUGGUCGCCAUUACCAGCCUCAAGAAGAUUUGCAACUCGCCCGCGCUCAUUCAUGAGCUUGCGAAGAAUGCCGAGAAGGACUCGUUGUUCGCCAACACGAUCGACCUCUUUCCCGACGACUUUUCUCCCGACACGUUUGAUGCGGCACAUUCUGGCAAAAUGGCAGCUCUGGCACAAAUCCUGUGCACAAUCAAGCGCGACACGACUGAUCGCGUUGUCAUUGUCUCCAACUACACUCAAACGCUCGACCAUCUCGAGAAACUUUGCGCUGCAUACGAGUUUUCCUUUGCCCGUCUCGACGGCUCGACACCCACAGCGAAACGACAGCCCAUCGUGGAGGCCUUCAACUCCAAGUACAGCACAGAUUAUGUCUUCCUUCUAAGUUCCAAGGCUGGUGGUGUUGGCUUGAACCUUGUUGGAGCCUGUCGUCUCAUUUUGGUCGACACCGACUGGAAUCCGGCCAACGAUCUGCAGGCCAUGGCGCGUGUGUGGCGCGACGGGCAGACGCGAACCGUGCAUCUCUACCGCAUGCUUUUGACAGGAAGCAUCGACGAAAAGAUUUACCAGCGACAGCUUUCCAAGCAAGGCUUGAGCGUCGCCGUGUCGAGCAACGAAGGCGAGGCCUCGGCUGUCUCGUUCUCGCAGGACGAAUUGCGAGACUUGUUUUCGCUUCGAGAAGACACGCUGUGCGAUACGCACGAUUUAAUGUCCUGCUCGUGCGAGACUGGGCGGGCCGCGCGUGAGGUCAAUGAUUCUGAAAAUGUCGGCGGGAACGCCCUGAAAAAGACUGGGCUUGGUCGCGGGGGCGCCGCAGCCGCUCUCAAGCAGCGCCUCAUUGACACCGGCAAGCUUAAGGCCUCCGUGAGCAGCGAGCUUCAAAGCUGGGCACACGUCGACCGCCUUCAUUUUGAGCAACUUCCGUCGGACGCCGGCUUGAACGAUGUUACGCUGGAUGGGAAGCUGUCGUUUGUGUUUCAUCGCGUUUUUAGCUUUGGGAGUGCACCGGCACCAUCUUCUGAGCCGACACCGAUGACUGUGGACGGCACAGAUGUGGCUGGAGCCGCGGCUGACGAGUCCUUUGCAAUCGCAGAGCUCACAGCCGAGGACUUUGAAGAUUGAAAAAAAACGUUCAAGUCAAGUGGCAUGAACAUGUCGUCCUUUGUACAUUUAAAAGCAAAAAAAACUAAGUUUGUGUAUUUCACAAAGAAAUGC